AAAUAAAGCGGGACUGACUGUUUACGAUUGUGUCGGUUGCGCGACCCUUCCAUGCCGGCUGAUAAAACUUGUCGAUCUGUUUACUGUAAAACAGUCGAUCGACAGAGCUCCAGCGUGGUGGUUCAGGGACAAGUGUCUAGUUACGUCCAGUAAAGGGACAUCGCCAUGAAAAUCAACGUAGCUUUCGUGAACCAUGACCUGAAUCACAAUGUCAAAGAGUGCUUCAAAAAGAAAAAGACUUUCAUUAGCAGAAAAGAGGAAGUGUUGGCGAUUAGAAGUAAAUAUCCCAACAAAGUACCGUUGAUAGUAGAGAAGUACCACAGAGACAAAUGUUUGCCGACAUUGGACAAAACAAAAUUUCUAGUGCCCCAAGAUAUCACCAUGUCACAAUUCCUGGUUGUCAUCAGAAACAGGAUUAGAAUCAAACCUAAUCAAGCGUUAUAUUUGAUCAUCAAUAACCGAUCUAUGCUCAGUAUGAGUUUGACCAUGGCACAAGCAUACGAGGCCUAUUGCGAUGAAGAUGGGUUCCUUUACAUAACUUACGCGUCGCAGGAGAUCUUUGGUUAUCAAGAUAACAUGCAGGGGUCGGUACAAGAAGUAGAAGCGAUAAGGCACAGAUUUCCGAAUAAAGUACCGCUGUACGUAGAGAGGUAUGUGAGGGAGCGGGAGGUGCCAGCCCUGGGCCGCAACAAGUUCCUCGUGCCACAAGAACUCACCAUGUCACAAUUCCUCUACAUAAUCCGGACGAAAUUGAAACUAAGAGAUUCGCAAGCGCUGUACCUCCUGGUGAACGACAAGGUGCUGGUCAGCCACAGCAUGACCAUGGCGCAGGCGUAUGAACAGUUCCGCGGCCAUGACGGCUACCUCCACAUCACGUACGCAGCGCAACAAGUCUUCGGUGAGGUACAGUCUCCAUAAGAUAAAAUGAAAAAGAAAAAACAAUGUUCCUGCACUCCAGAUGUACCUAUAAAGACUGAUAGUAUUUUAUGUUGUUUUCUAACGUUAGCAUUAAGAAUAGUUUUUUUAAUUUUCCCUUUUAAUUACUUUAUAAAAUAUUUCUAAGGGUCUUAGUAGAGUCAAUAAAGCAGCUCAAAUUAAUUUCUUACAUGUCAGGGAUAAUUCCGAUCUUGAUGAUUUGUUUUGAGGUGUACUUAUCAUAUUAUAUAAAAUCAGAAACAUCGUAAGGGGUGUAAAUGAAUGUUUCGACUAUAUUAAAAAAAAAAAACGUUUCCUUUGUGGGGGCCCCCUUUUUUAAUAUUCUGGUUUUUCAUUACUUUAUAUAAUAUCCGCUAUAGCACAGAAUGUAGCAUAGCACGCAUAACACAUAACAUGUGUAAAUUGAAACAGGGUAACAAAUAUACAUAUAUAAAUAAUAAAUAUUCACAAGCAGCUGUCCUUUUAAAGGUAGAACCUUCAUACUCUCUAAAAUAAAAUAAAACGGUUUAGUGAUACUAACUGUACAGUAUCAUAAAAUUACUUUUUUGUUCGAAUAAAAAACAAAACAUUUUUAAAAUAUUAUUUCGUUUUUAAAUAAUAUAAUAAAAUACACCUCAAACAGAAAAUUAAUCAAAAUCGGACUUAUGCCUGGCAAAUAAGAAGUGAAACCCUUCAUUGACUUCACUUUCAAUUCAAAUGUUGAAUUUUAAAGGCCGGUCCUAUAAAAAUGAUGUUAUAAGAAAGAUGCUAUAAUAUUGACUGAUAGAUAUUAUAGAUUGAUAGAAUUAUAUAUCUUAAAAUAUUGACAUUUGUGAAAUGAAUGUACGAAUCCUUUUUAUGAUCUCAAAAAUAUAUAAUGUAUUCAUUAUUUCUAAGCAAUAAAUAGUCUUUUCAACACUUUAUCUACAUUUAAAACGAUCAGGAAGUUGCAAUAUCUUUCAGUACGUUUCAUCCACAUUGUGAGCAACCAAAAAAUAGGAUAAUAUCGUUAGAAAUUAUGUUAGGUUAGGUUACGAAACUAUUAUUAUGCUUGUUAUAUAAUCUGUAGAAGUUAGUGUAAUUAUUUAUUGCCUGUCCUGUACUGAAACCGACUUAUAUCAAUAAUAAAAUAACUAAAAUUAAUUAUUUAAA